AUACGCGAACUCCUGUGGACUCUUCUGGUGGUCAACUUCGAGAUCUUGCGCGCCAUCUUUCGAUGGCUUUUCCCAGCUGAACGUAAGGAUGUCGCCGGAGAAGUUGUACUGAUUACAGGCACAGGCCAUGGUAUGGGCCGCGAGAUGGCAUUGCGGUUCGCACGGUUGGGCGCCAAAGUGGUUUGCGUUGAUAUCAACGCUAAGAGCAACGAGGAGACUUACAACAUGAUACUAGCCGAAAAAGGAAAAGCUUAUAAAUACGUUUGUGACGUAACGGACCGUGCAGCGGUGCUGCAGCUCGCAGAGCAGGUCCGCAGGGAUGCAGGUGACGUCAACGUGCUGGUCAACAAUGCGGGCAUUAUGCCAUGCAAACCCAUCACAGAGCAGACAGAGAAGGAAAUCCGUCUCAUGAUGGAUAUCAAUGUUAAUGCUAAUAUUUGGUGUAUUCAAGCGUUCCUGCCAGCGAUGAUCGAACGUAACCACGGUCACAUCGUGGCGUUAUCGUCUAUGGCGGGCCUGAUGGGCAUCCGCAACCUCGUCCCGUACUGCGGCUCCAAGUUCGCUGCCAGGGGUAUCAUGGAGGCGCUCGCUAUUGAAGUGAGAGAGGACCCCAGGGAUACAAGUGGAAUCCACUUCACGACAGUCUGCCCAUACAUUGUGAACACAGGGUUGUGCCACAAGCCUCGUAUCCGCUUUGAGAGCGCAAUGAAGGUUGUCAACGCUGGCGAGGCGGCGGACAUGAUUGUUGAUGCUGUGCUCAGGAAUGUCAUGGAGAUUACUAUCCCUCCUGAAUUACAUUAUAUGAAUCGGUACAUUCAUCGACUACUCCCGUUCCCCGCGGCCGCCGCUUUCAACGACUUCUUCGACACCGGCGUUGAUGCUCACGACUGAAUGUUGUUUACAUAAAUUUUUGUAUAUUUCUAGUAAAAUAUUUUAUUUUUA